AUGUUGGCCAUGAAGACCUUCUCCCUGCUGGUGGUGUCCCUGCUCCUGGCAGUGGUGCUGGGGGAGAAAGAAGAGGAUCACUUUUCCCUCUCUCUCCCCUCCCUGCCCCUCAGAUUCCACCCUAAGGCCAGUGGCUCCCAGCCUCGAGCAACCAGGUAUGCUGAGGGCACCUUCAUCAGUGACUACAGUAUCGCCAUGGACAAGAUCCGCCAACAAGACUUUGUGAACUGGCUACUGGCGCAGAAGGGGAAGAAGAGCGACUGGAUACACAACAUCACCCAGAGGGAGGCUGGGGCCCUAGAGCUGGCCCAUCAGUCUAACAGGAAGGAGGAGGCAAAGGAGGAGCAGGGCUCCCUGCCCAAGAACCCCAGUAAUGAAGAUUUGCUAAAGCAUUUACUGAUUCGAGAGCUGCUGGCCUGGAUGGUGGAUCAGAUGGAGCUCUGCAGGCUCAGAUUUCAGUGACUCUGACCAAACCCAAGCUCAGAACUGGACUCUGCCCUUCAUUUACUCAGCUCUUGCUUCAGCUCCACUCCAAGAUACUCCAAAGAAAUCAAACUAAGUUUAAGCUGAAAUAAAUGUUUGUGCUCAUUGUCAAAA